AUGACUUCGGCACCUCUCACGGAAUUCGCGUCUUCUUCGUUAGUUUCCACGCCAUCUCCGGCCGCUUCUUCACAGAUGGAUUCAACGCCUCCUACACGAACUUUGGCCCCCCCAGAAGUGAGUCCCUCAACAUCUACGCAACCUCCGGCAUCUUCAGAGAUGAAUUCGACGACUUUCACACGCACUGCGGCCUCCCCAGAAGCAAAAUCCUCAUCUUCUGCACGGACUUCGGCCUCUUCAGUUAUGGACUCGAGGCCUCCACUUCACACUCCAGCCUACACAGGAGUGAAUUCCUCACGUCCCACACAAACUUCGGCCUCUCCAGAGAUGAAUUCGACGAUUCUAACGCACACAUCGACCUCCCCGGAAGCGAAUGCCCCACCAUCUGCACAGACUUCGGUAUCUCCAGAUAUGAAUUCAAUGACUUCCGAACGCACCCAAGCCUACCCAGGAUUGAAUUCCUCACGUCCCACACAAAAGUCGGUCUUCCCAGAGGAAAAUUCGACGACUCCUUCACACACUUCGACCUCCACAGAAGCGAAUUCCUCAACUUCUGCACGGACAUCGGUCUCUUCUUCAGCCUCCGAAGACACGAGUUCCUCACUUUCUUCACGAACUUCGGCCUCUUCAGAGGAGAAGAUCCUCACCUUCUACCUCAACUUCGGCCUAUCCAUAGAUGGAUUGAAUAACCAACCAGCGGACUUCAGUUUCCGCUCUUGA